UUUUCCUUUCUUUUGUCUUGCAUAGUCUCUUUUUUUUUUUGUACCGUGUGCGAGGGGUGAAACUCGUAUAAAACCGCCAAAAUGUCGACAACCGUGGAGAAGAUCAAACAAGUCGAGGACGAGAUGGCUCGGACUCAGAAGAACAAGGCGACAGCUUACCACUUGGGACAAUUGAAGGCCAAGCUUGCUAAGCUGAAGCGAGAGCUGUUGACUCCGACUGGCGGUGGUGGUGGUGGCGGCGGUGGUGCUGGUUUCGAUGUCGCCCGUACCGGUGUUGCUAGUGUCGGUUUCAUUGGUUUCCCGUCCGUCGGAAAGAGUACCCUGAUGAGCAGAUUGACUGGCCAACAUUCCGAAGCUGCUGCUUAUGAGUUCACGACUUUGACGACUGUCCCUGGUCAAGUGAUGUACAACGGUGCUAAGAUUCAGAUUCUCGAUCUUCCUGGUAUUAUUCAGGGUGCCAAAGAUGGCAAAGGUCGUGGUCGACAGGUCAUUGCAGUGGCCAAGACCUGCCAUCUCAUUUUCAUCGUGCUCGACGUCAACAAGCCGCUAGUCGACAAGAAGGUCAUCGAGAACGAAUUGGAGGGAUUUGGUAUCCGUAUCAACAAACAGCCGCCCAAUAUUACUUUCAAGAAGAAGGACAAGGGUGGUAUUGCCAUCACAAGCACCGUUCCUCUGACGCAUAUUGAUCACGACGAAAUCAAAGCUGUCAUGAGCGAGUACAAGAUCUCGUCGGCAGAUAUCGCCAUUAGAUGUGACGCAACGAUUGAUGACCUUAUUGAUGUUCUUGAAGCUAAGAGUCGGGCUUACAUUCCCGUCGUCUAUGCCCUGAACAAGAUUGACGCUAUUACGAUUGAGGAGUUGGAUUUGCUGUACCGGAUACCUAACGCCUGCCCGAUCAGUUCUGAGCAUGGCUGGAACAUCGACGAACUUUUGGAGAUGAUGUGGGCAAAGCUCAACCUCCGACGCAUCUACACCAAGCCUAAAGGAAAGGCACCCGAUUACACGGCCCCCGUGGUGCUCAGAGCGCAUGCUUGCACGGUCGAGGAUUUCUGUAAUCAAAUUCACAGGACGAUCAAGGACCAGUUCAAGCACGCUAUUGUGUAUGGUCGCUCCGUGAAGCACCAGCCGCAGCGUGUUGGUCUGUCACACGAGCUGGCAGACGAAGAUAUCGGAUCUUCAGGGCUAACUAGCGGGGGUGUGAACUGCAGUGUCGAUUGUCAAGCGGUAAAUGAGUUUUUACUGGAGCGCGAAUCCAAUCCUUGAAGGAUCCGCUUUUAUGAACGGGGCGAGAGCUAUGGCGAAUCGAAAUCGGACUCGAAUAGG